GAAACCUACAAUAGCCAUCAUCUUUUUAUUUAUUUGUGUUAUGUAUAUUUUAUUUUUCCAACUAAGCUGAAAUUCUGGCCGAAGAAGAACGCUUUUCGUUGAACUGAGCCCCCGUGAUGAGUUACAGAAGGGAGCACCGUUCUUCUAGAUCUGCUCUCUUUGAUGACCUUGAGGAGGGCGGCCUGAGGACUAGCUCUUCAGUUGAAAUUAAAGAGCAUGACAAUGACAAAGCCCUCCAUACUUUGGAAGAUAGAGUUUCUAUUCUGAAAAGGUUGACAGGUGACAUUCACGAAGAAGUGGAGAGUCAUAAUCAUUUGCUUGACCGGAUGGGAAAUGGCAUGGAUGCUUCAAGGGGUAUAAUGUCAAGAACCAUGGAUCGAUUCAAGAUGGUUUUCGAGCAAAAAACGAAGUGGAGAACUUGUAGACUUGCAUUGUAUUUUGUAUUGUCCUUUUUACUUCUUUUCUAUCUCAUCAGGUUCCUCAGAUACUUCAUGCAAAGUUGAAGUAAGAUUUCUAUGUUGAAUCAACUCGAAGUAUUGCACAACUGUGACGACCUUGCAUAGUCCUUGUUUCCACAAGAACACUGAAAUACAGACCGUACUUUCCUGCAAUACAAGAUUUGUCAAAAUGCAUAGUUUCUGCUUCGAAGGAGUGGAACAGAUGGUCAUUUUUUUUAAUCACUAUUCUUAAUUAAUUUUUUUAUGGGUUAAAAGGCCAUAUCCGUCAGUUUAGGUAUAUAUAUAUCUUGAUUUAAAUCAUGAGUAUAUUAUGCUCAUGCUUAAUAAGGUUUUAUUUUCAGGCUAGUACAGGACACACUAUCUCAUUGACUCCCAUUUUGAAUCAGUAUAUUUGGGCAGGUUUGAAACUGGAUUUUGUUCUAUUGACCUAAACUAAAUUAGAAUCAUUUAGUUGCAAUUAUCGGACUA